ACUGUCACAUUAGUGACGUCUGUCAGUAGGGCAAGUGUCGUCUGCCAGCCAAAAUGGCUCAAAUAAUGAAUGUUUUGUUGCGAAAAUCAGCAAAUUUAGGGCCAGCCAAGGCUCUGUUGAAUGCCGCGCCGGCCCUUCUUAAUGCAAACCAAAACCGUGCAGCGCACAGAUGGUUUCCGGAUGCGGAAUAUGUGAAGCAGUUCGAAGGAGCUGUCAUGUACCCCGAUGAGGUCACCUCGUUACUAAAGCACCCGCCCUACUCAGGUAUUGUGGCGCCGGCGGAGAAGCAGGUCCGCAACAUGGUGCUCAACUUCGGCCCGCAGCACCCCGCCGCCCACGGCGUGCUGCGACUCGUACUUGAACUCGACGGCGAGACCGUCCGCGCCGCCGACCCCCACAUAGGGCUCCUCCACCGCGGCACGGAGAAGCUCAUCGAAUACAAGACGUACACGCAGGCGCUGCCCUACUUCGACCGUCUCGACUACGUGUCCAUGAUGUGCAACGAGCAAUGCUACUCGCUGGCCGUCGAGAAACUUCUCAACAUCGAUAUACCCAUCCGCGCCAAGUAUAUACGCACGCUCUUCGCCGAGAUUACUCGUAUCCUGAACCACAUAAUGGCGGUGGGCACGCACGCGCUGGACGUCGGCGCACUCACCCCCUUCUUCUGGCUGUUCGAGGAGAGAGAGAAGAUGAUGGAGUUCUACGAGAGAGCGAGCGGGGCGAGAAUGCACGCGGCUUACAUCAGGCCUGGCGGGGUUGCUUUGGACAUGCCGCUCGGUCUUAUGGACGAUAUCUACGAGUUCGCGAGCAAGUUCGCCGAGCGGAUCGACGAGGUUGAAGACGUGCUCACCACCAACAGGAUCUGGGUGCAGCGCACCAAGGACAUUGGCAUCGUGAGCGCUCAGGACGCGCUCAACUAUGGAUUCAGCGGUGUAAUGCUCCGUGGGUCCGGUAUCAAAUGGGAUCUGCGCAAGUCUCAGCCUUACGACGCGUACCACCUUGUUGACUUCGAUGUACCACUGGGAACCAACGGCGACUGCUACGAUCGUUACCUGUGCCGAGUGGAGGAGAUGCGCCAGUCCCUGCGCAUUAUCGACCAGUGCCUGAACCAGAUGCCGCCCGGCGAGAUCAAAACGGACGACGCCAAACUUACGCCCCCCUCUAGAGAGGAGAUGAAGACGUCCAUGGAAGCCCUGAUCCACCACUUCAAGCUGUUCACGCAGGGCUACCAGGUGCCGCCCGGCGCCACCUACACCGCCAUCGAGGCCCCCAAGGGCGAGUUCGGCGUCUACCUCGUGUCCGACGGCGGCUCCAAGCCUUACAGAUGCAAGAUCAAGGCGCCGGGGUUCGCGCACCUGGCGGCGCUGGAGAAGGUGGGCCGCAACUCCAUGCUGGCCGACAUCGUCGCCAUCAUCGGCACGCUCGACGUCGUCUUCGGCGAGAUCGACCGGUAGGCCGACCGGCCGUGCGGGUGACCGACUAGUUAUUGGGUGCCGGCGUUGGCAAGUUUGUCAAGUGGAAAUUGGCAACUUUUAUAGGGAAAUGUGCUAAUAUAGCAAAUUUUACUAAGGAUGAUUGCUAAAUUAGAACUUAUCUGGGAAAAUGUGCUAAAUUGGCAUCUUUUCUAAGGAAGGGUGGUAAACUGCCAACUUUACUAGGGAAAGGUGCUAAAUUGGCAAUUUUUCUUCGAAGCUGUGCUAAAUUGGUACCACUGCUCGGGAAGUAUGCUAAAUUGGCAACCUUUCUAUGGAAAGGUGCUAAAUUGGCAAUAUUUUUUGGGCGUCCAAUAAUUGUGCGGUGUUCACCCAAAUAUCACGUGGGGGAGGGGUCUUAACAAGUAUUACGUAAUUGAAAACGUGUAAAAAUGGAAGAAAAUAACAUAAAUAUGUUCCUAGACUAGUAUAAUAUAAUAUGGCAAAACUGAUAUACCUACUCAAAAUGUAUUCUUUUAAUCGCACGUGAUAUUAGGGUGGGGGGUCGAGGUAAACCUUACGUCUCAUAAGAGGGGGAAGUAGGGAGGGUGGGUCAGAAAAUCCCCAAGAACACCUUACGCCAUUAUGGAGCUUUAUUAGAAACAAGACAUGCUAAUUUAGCAACUUUUCUAGCAAAUGAUGACACUUGGCAAUCUUGCUGCGCUUGGCAUCUACUGAAAUUUCGAGUUGGCAAAAUGAACAAUUGUAAUAUUUAGUGUUAUUACUAUUUAUUGAGAAAAAAUGGAAACAUAAAAAUCCCUGUUCAAAACUAAUACGAUCAUUAUGUUAUCAAUCGAAGACUCGUUCAAGACCUAUUUGAGUUUGAUUGUGACGUCCCACGGGUAAAGGUACCUUAUGGCGGUUGGCGCUUAUUAACGCCGCUCCAAUAUUAUUGCGGCGCUAUGCGACGUAAGCGCCAGCCGCCAUUAGGUACCUUUUGCCGUGAAACGUCACAAUUAUUUUACUAAUAAAAGUAAAACACUAAUUAUUGCAGUCAUAAUACGUAAGAACUAGGGAAAAUAAGUUGUAACUACCCUCAAUAUAAAAUAGAAAUCAGUGAAAAUGUAAUAAAUAUGUCAUCAAUAAAUCUAAAUAAGUAUUUAUAUUUUUUUCACUUGUUA